GUGAUGUCCUGGCCCGGAUUCCAGCUUCCCGCUUUAAUCCGGACGGAUUCCAUCACCAGGAUGGACGCCACCACGGUAGCACCAACGCCGACAAGGCAUACAUGCUUCAAGAGGACAUCCGUCGUUUUGACAAUGCCUUCUUUGGGAUCCGGGCCGAAGAGGCCGAAUCCAUGGAUCCGCAGCAACGUAUCCUGCUCGAGGUUGUGUUUGAGGGCCUUGAAUCGGCGGGCUACUCGAUCCAGCAGCUCCGUGGCUCAUCAACGGCCGUCUACGUUGGCCAGCUGAAUGGCGACUUUUACGAUGUUGUGCUGCGCGAUGUGGAUAGCGCACCGCGCUACACGGCUACAGGCACGGCGCGAAGCAUCAUGUCCAACCGUGUGUCGUACUUUUUUGACUGGAAAGGCCCGUCCAUAACCAUUGACACGGCCUGCUCGUCCAGUCUGGUUGCCGUGCACCUCGCCGUGCAGGCUCUUAGGAGUGGCCAGUCGUCCGUCGCGGUCGCCGCCGGCGUCAACCUCCUGUUAGGCCCUGAGCAGUUCAUAUUUGAGUCGAAGCUUGGAAUGUUGUCCUCGCGAGGCCGGUGUGCCAUGUGGGACGCCAGCGCCGACGGCUAUGCUAGAGGAGAAGGCAUCGCCGCUGUGAUUCUCAAGCCACUUUCACAGGCGUUGAAGGACGGCGACUCGAUCGAGUGUGUGAUACGAGAAACCGGCGUUAACCAAGACGGCCGCACCAACGGCAUCACCAUGCCCAGCGCGACUGCACAGGCGGAUUUGAUCCGGUCGACAUAUUCCCGGUGCGGCCUCAACCCCCUUGCCCCCGAAGGCCGCCCCCAGUAUUUCGAGGCUCACGGCACGGGUACGCCAGCCGGUGACCCGGUCGAAGCGCAAGCCGUGCAGUCAGUAUUUUUCCCUACCGACAGAGUACAACAAGACGGCCGUGACGCCAGCCUUACAGAUCCCCUCCCCGUGGGCUCUAUCAAAACCAUCAUUGGACACACAGAGGGAACAGCGGGACUAGCUGGUCUGCUCAAAGCGGCCUUGGCCAUCCAACACGGCAUCAUCCCACCCAAUAUGCACUUCCAGUGCCUCAACCCUGCCGUCCAGCCCUUCUAUGGGUCUUUGUACAUUCCCACAACGCCACAGCAAUGGCCGGCCCUGCCGAAGCACGUCCCCCGGCGUGUCAGCGUCAACAGCUUCGGCUUCGGCGGGACUAACUGCCACGUCAUCGUCGAGGGUUAUCAGACCGAGACCGAGAAGGAAAGCAGCCAUCUGGAGCCGUGCGGCCCAGUGGUGAUCUCGGCCAAUUCUGCCCACUCUCUUGUCUCGGCAGUGGCCUCGCUUUCUCAGGCCCUGCAGACAAAGACGAUAAACCUCGCCGAUCUUGUCUGGACGCUCCAGGUGCGGCGGUCCGAGUUCCCGUUCAAGGCCAGCUUUGCUGCCUGUAGCACACAAGAACAACUCAGCCGGCAGCUCAGCGACUGGCUCGCCGGCAACCGAGCCGACAACGCCUCCAGCCUUCAGCUUGCCCGAAGCCGGCCUCUCCCACCACAAACGCGGCAACCUCCUAUUCUCGCCGUCUUCACGGGCCAGGGUGCACAAUGGCCUCGUAUGGCGUCGGGACUGCUUGAUAAGUCGCGGCGUUUCCACCAAACCAUCGAGUCGCUCGAAGACGCUCUUGCCUCGCUCCCCGAUGCGCCGUCGUGGUCUCUGAAAAUGGAACUCCGAGCCCGGGCCGAGACGUCUCGCAUCCACGAAGCCGCCAUUUCCCAGCCCAUUUGCACCGCGGUCCAGAUCGCACUUGUGGAUUUGCUGUCUGCUGCUGGGAUCCGGUUCACCAGGGUCGUCGGCCACUCGUCAGGAGAAAUCGCUGCUGCCUAUGCGGCCGGCUACCUAACCGCCCGAGACGCAAUUUGCAUCGCCUACUAUCGCGGAUUGGCCGCUCUCCGUGCCGCGGGCUCCGGCAGGAUGCUGGCGGCUGACAUGACGCUGCGAGAGGCAGAGCUCUUUUGCGCCCGGCGCCGGUUCGAGGGCCGACUCGCCGUUGCUGCGUGCAACUCACCGUCUAGCGUUACCCUGUCGGGCGAUGCCGAUGCCGUGGACGAGGCCCUGCGCGUCCUGGUGGAUGAAGAAGGCGUCUUUGCAAGGGCUCUCAAAGUCGACACCGCGUAUCACUCACACCAUAUGGUUCGUUGCAGCCCUGAAUACAGAGAGAGCUUGGAGAGAUGUGCAAUUGUACCUUUGGAUCCGGCAGAAAAGGGACAGGGCUCUUGUGCCUGGUAUUCCAGCGUGCAUCCGGGGGCGGCUGUCGAUCGCAAUUCGCUUAGUUGCAACUAUUGGAUCGAUAACAUGACGAACCCGGUGCUGUUCUCGCAGAGCUUGGAAGCGGCCUUGUUGGAUAGCACAUCCCGGUCAUCGCCAGAGACUGUCGUUGCGCUGGAGGUCGGCCCGCACCCCGCCUUGCAGCGGCCGGCCACCGACACGGUACGGGCCAUGGGUCUCGAGGUCGCCUACUCUGGCGUUCUGCGAAGGGGUAUGGACGACAUGGAAGCCAUGUGCACCGCCCUAGGCUUCGUCUGGACCCAGUUUUACGGGGGGUCGGGACGGCUUGUGGAUUUUGAAUGCUUCAGGUCGGCCUGCCUCGGGAAUCAGGACCAGUCCCCGAAACCUCGCUUGUGCAAGGACUUGCCGACCUAUUCGUGGGAUCACGAGCGGCCGCUGUGGAUGGAAUCUCGCCGCUCCAAUUACUUCCGCACCCGCAACAUCCGCCCGCACCCGCUUCUUGGGAACCGUCUCCUCAACACCCAGCCAGCCGAGCUCCGGUGGCGCAACAUUUUCAAGCUGAGCGAGUUGGCAUGGCUCAAAGGACACAAAUUCCAGGGUCAGGUUCUUUUCCCGGCCCAGGGAUAUGUUAGCAUGGCGGUUGAGGCUUGUCUCGCCUUUGCAGAAAACACUGCAGUACAAAUGAUCGAGCUCGAACAGCUCGUCAUCCACCGCGGUCUUGCUCUCCAAGGAGACGACGAGUUCUCUGGCACCGACGUGUUCUGCACCUUGACCGUUUCCAAGCGCGGCGAGCAGCAAAUCGACAUUGAUUUCAACAUCUGCAGCGCCCAAGUGGACGCCAAGGCGGAUGCGCAGCUUGACCCUGCCCAUCUCAACUUUAGUUGCCGGGGAAAACUGGCGCUGGCGUCUGGGUAUUCCGUCCGUUCUGGCCCUCCCACUGCCGUUCUGCCACCGCGGAUGGCCCACAAUCGUGCCCCGACGAGCCCGGUCAGGGUCUCCGACUUUUACUCGUCUCUCGCUUCGCACACGGGCUUGGAAUAUACCGCAGACUUUGUGGCAGCCCAGAUUGAGAGGACAAAUGGUUUCUCAACAGUCCGCUUCAACCGGCCACGGGCAGACGGGCUGUACCUACACCCGGCAAUGCUGGAUGUGGCUUCCCAUGGCCUGCUCGCGAUUCUGUCGGCCCACCAAGAGGGGAUGUCUGCCGUCACGUACCUCCCCUCCGCGAUUGCACGUGUCCGAAUUGAUGUCACCCGCCUGCUGCAUGUUUCUGGUGGAGGAUCCCUUGUUUCGCAGAGGACUGCCGACCGUGGUUGCUCUGAGUUGACUGCCGACUGCCAUUUCCUACGCAGGUCGCCGACCGAAAUCAAGGCCGACAUUGAUGUUUUCGGCGGAACGGAUGAAUACCCCGAGAUUCAGAUUGAAGGGUUAACGUGCUCCCCUUUUGGUGCCUUCACCGAGCGGGAUGACAGGAUCAUCUUCUCUCGAGCGGUCUGGAGCAGGGACAUUUCGUCUGGUGUCGACAUAGCCUGCCUGGAUGGCGAGCCCGACAACUUCAACCUGGCGGAGCAUAUGGAGAAGACGGAUCUAGUGACGAGGGCUGUGUACUUUUAUCUCCGCAAGCUACGAGACCACUUUGCUCCGGAGGAUAUCCCUCACAACAACCAUAACCAUCAGUCACGCGCACACUUGACCGCUUUCUGGACCUGGGCCGUCAAUCACACUCUAGCCAGGAUCGAGGCCGGACAAGACCCCAGAGUUCAAGUCCGCAAGGAGUGGGCUAGCGACACGCGUGAGGAUUUGCAGCGAUGGAGUCAACGGUUCCCAAGCCUUAUCGACCUAAAGGUGGUCAUCAAUUUGGGCGAAGAGCUACCAAAUAUCCUGAGGGAUCACGUCCCUGCUCUCCAGGUCCUGAUGCAGGACGACAUGCUCUCGGACUACUAUCACCGAGCACUCGGGCUCGAGAGAGCCAACCGGUGCGUCGCUGCCGCUGCGGCGCAAAUCACCCAUCGCUAUCCUGACCUCAACGUAAUCGAAAUUGGUGGGGGUACGGGCAAUGCGACUCUUGCCAUCUUGCCCAGCAUCGCCGACAAGUUUGCUUCCUACACCUUCACCGACAUUUCGUCGGGGUUUUUUGAAAAGACGCGCCGUGCCCUCGGGACCCAUGCUGCGAGGCUAGCGUUUAGGACCCUGGAUAUUUCGCGCGAUCCCGUCGGCGAACAGGGCUUCGAGGCUGGCGCAUACGAUUUGAUCGUCGCAUCCAACGUGCUCCACGCAACGCCCAAGAUGGUCGAAACGUUGCGCAACUGCAGACGGCUGCUCCGCCCAGGAGGCUAUCUGCUGCUUCUGGAGAACACGGCCAGUUCUCUUUCGACGGAAUUCAUCUUUGGCAUGUUGCCUGGCUGGUGGCUUGGCGCAGACGAGGGGCGCAAACUCACCCCCCUUAUCGACCAGGCACGCUGGCAUGAGCUGCUAUUGCAAGCCGGUUUCUCCGGGGUGGAUGUGGUCGCUCGCGACGUCGCAGAGCACCCCCGCUACCAUACAUAUUCCGUGAUGGUGAGCCAGGCAAUAGAUGACCACGUCGCGUUUCUCCGUGAACCACUCAACACCACGCCUGGUAUCACCAUCACCAAGCUCCGAAGCAUCGUCGUCAUUGGCAGCACGCAGCCGACCGCUAUGUCGCUUGCCAAGAAUGUUGCAAAUCUUGUCUGUCCCUUCGCCGAGAAGGUGAGCGUGCUGCAGAGCGUUGACCAUGCCUACGACCAAUUCCAUCCCGAUUCCGCAGUUAUAUGCUUGGCGGAGCUGGUAGAGCCAGUGCUGCGAAACGUGUCCCAACGAACUCUAUCGGCGCUUCAAAACAUCCUGUGCAAAUCCACCCACGUCCUGUGGCUGACCAAAGGUCGUCUCAGCGGCACUGAGCCACAUACCAGUAUGGUCCUUGGCAUUGCGCGAUGCGUGAUGUUGGAGCUGCCCGGACGGCCGAUGCAAUUUGUCGACUGCGAGGAGUUUGAGAUGGAUUCGGUGGGCGCCCGGCGGGUUGCACGUUCCUUUUUGCGCCUGGUGUACCUCGGCCGACCCGAAUGCAAGGAGGUCUUGUGGAGUAGGGAGACGGAAGUGGCAGCAGAUCGCCACUGGAACGAGCUGUUGCCGAGAAUCAAGCCUCACAACGAACUCAACAAUCGUCUGAAUUCAAGAGCGAGGACCAUCGUUGACAAUGUCCGACCGUCGACCGGGAAAUAUCCGUUACGAUUGGUGCCAGCCCGCAACGGCUCAUUCACAGUUCACCAGAUGCCUGGGCUGCUUUCUCCGCGUGCAGAUCGUGGACGCCACAGGAUAGCCGUCAGACUAUCCUCGGUUUGUGGUUUCAAGACAAAAGACGCAGCUGAACCGCUGUAUCUGUGUUUUGGGACAGAGCAAAAGUCGGGCCGACAAGUUGUCGCUUUGUCCUCUAUUAAUGCCUCCAUCAUUGAAGUUCCGCUCGCCGCUUUCUGGACCAUCGAUACGGACCGGGAGCUGGAUGCAGAAACCUUUCAGCUUCUUCCCAAGCGCAUCAUCGCCGAACACCUCGUCAGCGAGGCCCGUGGGUGCAUAUGGGUUCAUGGAGCGGAUAGAUCGCUCACCGAGAUAUUGACCGACGUGGCGAAGCGGGAUGGAGUCAGCGUCUAUUUCAGCAGCUCCGAGGAUCCUAUCGAGCUACCGGCCAACCACGCAUUCAUCCAUCCCCAGACCACAGCCCGAAGGCUCGAGCUGAUAGCUCCUCGAGGGGUCAGCAUCUAUGCCAACGUGAGCAGCGCUGAGAGUAAGGGCACGGCUUUGGAUGACUUGAUCCGCACAGCAGUCGGCAGUAAGGCAAUCAUUUUGGAACUGCCGCGCCAUGUUGACAACUCGGACGGGGAGCGAACACAAUGGGUGGUUGAGCUGGCCUACACCCAGACACGCCUGCUCCGCGCCAUUUGGGACCAGCUCAAUGCAACGAGGAAACCGGUUACAGCAAACAGCGGGAGAAGUAGGUCCCGGGUGUUGGCCGCUGCGGCUGUUGAUUCUGCUGCUGGCAUCCCCGACGUGGCAGACGUCGUAGACUGGAAUCCUGAGCAUGCUAUCCCGGCCAUGGUUCGGCCGCUCGACGCCCGGCUUUUAUUGUCGGCCGAUAAAACGUACUUUUUAGCCGGCCUGACGGGUUCCGUAGGGCUUUCGCUCUGCAACUGGAUGGCAGAUAACGGGGCACGGUACUUUGCCGUAGCAAGCCGCAAUCCGUUGAUCAGUGCCGAGGCUGUCGAGAGACUUGCCCGCAAAGGAGCCACCCUCCGGAUACUCUCUGCGGACCUAUCCGACUGCGAGAGCCUCGCUGCUGCCCGCCGCAGUCUCACAGCCCCUGAGCACGGACCCGCCAUGCCCCCAGUCGGAGGAGUGGUCAACGGCGCCAUGGUUCUCCGCGACAAGGCGUUUGAAAACAUGUCGAUUGAAGACUUCGAGGCCGUUCUCCGCCCCAAGGUGCAAGGAUCUCUCAACUUGGAAGCGGUUUUUGGCAGCCAGGACGACCUCGACUUCUUUGUCUUUCUCUCCUCGGCAUCAAGCGUGCUGGGCAUCCCGGGCCUGGCCAACUACGGCGCGGCAAACCUCUUCAUGUGCGGCUUGGCCCAGCAGAGGAGGCGUGCAGGAAAAGCGGCAUCCGUCAUUGACAUCGGUGCCCUUGCCGACGUCGGCUACCUUACACACUCGUCCAACCCACACGAGGCCACCGAGCUCGCUCGCAAGCACAACACGAAGCCGCUGUCCGAGUCAGACUUGCAUGAGAUGUUCGCUGAAGCAAUCUAUGCUGGCUCGAGAGAUUUUGAGCAGGAAGCCGACCUCAUGACGGGCAUCGGUUUCUGGGACGUCUCUCGCCCGGACAAGGCGCACUUGAGGCCAGGCUGGUUCGACCAACCGAGGAUGUCACACUACAUGAUCCGAAAAAGCGACGACGCUGCUUCUGGCAGCUCGAACCUGAAAUCUUCUGACAUUCAGAAGCCUAGUGUUAAGGCCCAGCUUGCGGGAGCAGGGAAUGAUGCCAACGCUGCCCUGCGCAUCUUGGAGUCGGGCCUGCUGCAAAAGAUCGAGAAGGCGCUACAGAUGCCUGCCGGCACGCUUGAUGCACAGGCACCGCUCCUGUCACUCGGCAUGGAUUCAUUGGUGGCAAUCCAGGUGCGGUCGUGGAUUGCCGAGGAAUUGGGCGUCAGCAUGCCCGCGUUGGGAAUCCUGGCGAGCCCGUCAGUCAGGGACCUGAGCGCCGAGCUGUUCAGCAAGCUGCCAGGCAUGAUGCAGUCAGACGGUACCACGACUCGUGACUCUGAAGCAGAGCAGAACACCAACAGCGGCAUCUCAACGCCCCGAUCACCUGUCUCUUCAGCUGCGGCCGAUUCGAAUUCCUCUGGGUCGUCACCUCCGCAACUCGGCACCACUGGCUCGGCUGGAUCACUGACCACAUCAGGUGUUCUCGAAGGCGACAAAAUCGACUUGCAGGCCGCCGACUCGGAACUUUCAUCUGCAAAAGCAUGUUCGGCGCAGAGAUAUACACGAGACGGAAGGCUCUCGCACGGCCAGGACCGCUUGUUCUUCCUGCACAGGUACCUCGCCGACAAAUCAACGUACAACUGUGCAAUUGCCGGCAGAAUCCACGGCCCGGUCGAUGCCAUUAAGCUGAGAGAGGUCGUACGAAGAGUCAUGUUGAUGCACGAGUCGCUCCGCAGCUGUUUUUUCCUCGACGAUGCGACGGGCACAGGUCGUCAGGGAGUCAUAUCCAAUCCCAACUUGGACUCCGUUUUGGAACACCGCCUUAUUGCGCCCGACGGAGACGCCGAAUUCAAAGCCGAACUCGACCGGAUGCGCAAGCACGAGUUCAAUCUCCAAAAAGGCGAGACGGUCAAGGUAACGGUGCUUUCGCAGACGCCCACCGAGCAUUUCAUCAUUAUCGCCUACCACCAUAUCGUGAUGGACGGACUCAGUCUUGUGGCUUUUCUUGGUCAACUGCAAGCCGCAUACUCGGGCGACGCCUGGGAACUGGUUACGCCGUCGGUGCAAGCCAUCGACCUUGCUGAGGUUCACCGCGAAGCCUGCGCUAAUCCAAAGACGCUUCAGGAGGACAUCAAGUUCUGGCACGAGGUUCACCACAACGGACCCGCCGCUCUGCCCCUAUUCUCCUUCGCCAAGACGAAGUACCGCAAGCAGCCGCUCGACGCGUAUGGAUCCCACAGCUUUGAGAUCAGGCUCGACGCGGCUUUUGCGCGGCGUGUCAAGGACCUAUGCGCUCAGCUGUGCGCCACGCCCUUUCAUCUGUAUCUCGCAUCGCUCGCCGCCUUUCUGUCGAGGUGGCUCGACGUUUCCGACUUGUGCAUCGGAAUUGUGGAUUCGAGCCGCCCCGGCGAUGGCAACACAGAAACGAUUGGCUACUUUCUGAACAUGCUCGCGCUGCGUUUCCGGCUAGAUGGGAAUUCCAGCUUCGGCGCGCUGGUCAAGCAGACACGCGAUAUUGUCUUUUCGGCGCUGGCACACUCUACCACGCCCUUCGAUGCCGUGCUUGACCACCUCCGCGUUCCCAGGGACGCCCACCACCCGUUGUUUCAGGUGGCCAUGAACUAUCGCAUAGGCCACGAGUCGACGCGUGCGGCGUGGGGCGCGUGCGAUGUUGAGUGGACUGACAUGAUCGUUGCUCGCAACCCGUUCGAUAUCCAUCUGGACAUUACCGAGAUUGGACAGGACGGUGGUGUAUGGAUAGCCCUGGGAGUGCAGAGCUACAUGUAUUCGGAGUUUGAUGCUCAGAUGCUGGCCAAGUCGUUUGUUUGUCUAGUCAGAGCCGUGAUCGACGACCCGGGUGCGGCAAUAUCGGCAACGGUGCGCAGCCUCGGCUUGGGUGAGGAUAGUGAGCGGCAGGCUGCCAUCGCUCUCGGUCGCGGCCCAGAAAUGGACCUAAGCGGACUCGCAGGGACUCUUGUCCAUCAAGUCGAAGGGGUGGCGGUCCAGUACGCGAACGAUGUGGCCAUCAGAGACGGGUCCGGCGUGCCAAUCACGUACACAGCAUUGAUCCGCCUCGUUAAGAGCAUCAGCCGAUCGUUGCAGCGACACGGGGUGCGUGCUGGGCACCGCGUUGGCGUCUGCGUUGCCCCCUCAGCAGGUGCAUUGUGCGCCAUGCUUGCUGUUAUGCGUCUAGGAGCGAUUUACGUUCCCUUGGAUCGACGCAAUCCGGCAGAGCGCUUGGGACUCAUUGUCGCUGACUGCCAACCACGAAUGCUGAUAUACCAGGGCCAACAAGACGCAGCUCUGAUCCGCAAUCUGAAAAAGCAUGCGGAAUUUUCGGUCCUCGACCUCGACCAGUCGACACAGCCCGGAGUCCCGCUACCCGGAGAGGAUUCUGAAGACGCAAUAGUAGCUAUGCCAGACGAGCCCGCCUGCGCCAUAUACACCAGCGGUUCCACGGGGAAGCCCAAGGGCGUCAUUAUGACGCACCGUAACCUCGUCAACCAGGUGUUCGCCGUCAGCAGCAUGCUUGAGAUCGGCCGAGAAACUGUACUUCAACAGUCGUCGCUUGGAUUCGAUUGCUCGAUGGAGCAGAUUUUCGGCGGCCUCGCCCACGGGGGCACCGUCAUCGUAGUCCCCGAGGAAGCACGCGGCGACCCGGCCGCUGUGGCGUCCAUCAUGGUGGCUGAGCGUGUGACCUAUACCGUCGGUGUGCCGUCCGAAUAUGCGGCGCUGCUUUAUUUCGGCCGAGAGAAGCUCAAGGAAUGCUCCACCUGGCGCUUGGCCGUCAGCGGCGGAGAGAAGCUUUCUGCAAGCCACGCCGCCGAGUUUGUUUCGUUGGGGCUGCAUCACCUUCAACUUGUGAAUGCGUACGGGCCGGCCGAGGGGACUAUCUCGUGCAGUCGUGGGGCCAUCAGUUACAACACGCCGGGGGAUGUGGUAGGAGACCCGCACAUGGGCCGUGUCAUGGCCAAUUACUCCGUCGUCAUUGUCGACGAGCACCUCCAGCCUGUCCCUGUGGGACAUCCAGGUGAGAUCUGCAUCGGCGGCGAGGGAGUUGCGAAGGGAUACAUCAACCGCCCCGACGAAGACAGGGAGCGGUUCUUAACGAGCCCUGAUUUUGCAACAAAAUUUCAGUUGAAGCACAGUCGAUUGUACCGGACGGGGGAUCUGGGGCGCAUCUUGCCCGACGGGACGAUGCACUCGCUUGGCCGCGUCCAGGGAGACAGCCAGGUCCAGAUCCGCGGAGUGAGAGUCGAGCUGGACGAGGUGGCGGCGGCAAUUGUAAGGACAGCCGGAUCUGAUACGAUCAGCGACGCGGCAGUGUCGUUGCGAGAUGGCGAUUUGCUCGUUGCUUUUGUCCUUGUUAAUCCCAAACUGCGAGCCACCGGACAGGUCGUGACGCAACGCUCACUAGAAGACAUCCUUAAGCGCCUACCGCUGCCGAUAUACAUGCGUCCUUCGCUGAUCGUACCGGUUGAGGACCUGCCUAGGACGGAGAACGGCAAACGAGACCGACGGCGGAUCGAUACGCUUCCCGUCCCUGAAAAUUGGAUCAAAGCGGGCAUCGACACCGAAGAAGGACAAGAAUUGACAGCGCUCGAGCUGCAAAUCAAGCAGGCCUGGGAGCACGUCCUCCCUCCUGCCGUCCGUCCGCCCAUUCUCGGCCCAAAAUCAGACUUUUUCCGGGCUGGAGGCAACUCCCUGCUUCUCCUGCAUCUCCAAGCAGCGCUGCGGGCAAGUUUCGGUACGCACAUUCCACUUCCAGACCUCUUCCAGUCUAGCACCCUCGGCGGCAUGGCAGCGUUGCUCGAGCCUGCCGCACGCGCGGCUCCCUCUUCCGCAGAAAACAUGGACUGGACGCAAGAGGUGGAAACGCUCGCCAAUGACGUAGUCGUCCCUUCGUCGCAGCGUAGCGACCCGAAACCCCCUCGCCGACGAAGACAACCAGACGGCCUGAUUGUCCUCCUCACCGGCGCCACCGGGUUUCUGGGCACACACCUGCUCUCGCAGCUCAUCGAUGACCCGCGCGUGCGCACCAUCCACUGCGUCGCCAUCCGGCCCGAUCCCGUCUCUGGCCACCCCCGGCACGUCGCGCGCAGCACAUCGCCAAAGGUUGUGGAACACGCCGGCGACCUGGGCGACCGGUACUUGGGCCUGUCCAAAGAGACGUUCGCCCGCCUCGCGGAGGAGUGUGACCUCCUGAUCCACAACGGCGCCGACGUGAGCUUUCUCAAGACGUACGCGUCGGUGAGGGCGCCCAACGUGCUCUCGACGCGGGCCGUGGCCGAGAUGGCCCUGGCGGCCGGGGCGCACGUGCACUUCGUCUCCACCGCGUCGGUCGCCAAGUUCUCCUCCGCCUCUUCCUCCUCUUCACGCGCCGCCGCCGCUGCCGCCAGUACACCGCUGCCGCCCGUCUCACUGCUCGGCGACCCGCCCGCCGCGGCGGCGCACGACGAGGGCUACCUCGCGUCCAAAUGGGUGUCGGAGGCUUUGCUCGAGCGGCUGGCGGCGCUGCGCGGUCUGCGCGUGCAGAUCCACAGGCCCGUAUCCCUUGCCCUGCGCGGCGAGACGCCGGCCGUGGACAUUGUUGGCACGCUCAUGACGUUUGGCAAGGAGAUGGCGGCCGUGCCGAGGAUGCACGACGGUGGCCGGAUCGAGGGGCUAUUGCAAUUGGCUAGCGUGGAGGAGGUAGCUGGCCGGAUUGGUCGGACCGCGGUCGAGUCGGUCGCGCUGACCACGUCAUCAUCAGAGGAAGGCGAGGCUCGGGGGAGGGAAGGUGGGGUGGUCUUUACGCAUUAUUGCGGGGAGAAAAAUGUAUCGCCGGACGACUUCUCCGCAUUCCUGAGUGAGCAAAUUGGAAAGAUCGUCGAGGAAUGGACGAUGGAGAGGUGGUUAGAGGCUGCAAGGAAGAGGGGUCUCGAUCCUCUCGUUGGGGCGUACUUGGAGGAAUGGUGGACAAGGGGGAAGAAACUGGUGCUGCAUGUAAUCAGUGAGAGCUAAAGCGUUGGCUGGAUGGGUUAGACUGAGAUGCGCUUGUACAGUACUUGUGCCGUAUAAAAGGUAGCCUUCUUGUCCAUUCCUUUUUGUUCGUUUUAACCGGUUUAUUUU